GCGCCGUCUGCGGAUAUAUCUAUUGAAAGGAAGCGAGAAGUACAAAGCUUAUUGUAUCAGAUGCAGCACCCGUCACAGCCAGGAGCCGAAGGCUCCCCGGCCUGGUCCUUUCCGCUAAAGCCCAACCAGCAGCACCCAGUACCUUCUGGAGUCUUGUCCGAUGUCGCUGUAUACCAUACCCAGCUGUCUCCGACGGCAGAAACGAGUCCUCAGGAGCUGCCAGGGACUUUAGAACAAGGGCUCCCGGCAAGCCGGUCUCAGACGCCAGAGCAUAUGCGGCGAGGAAGUAGCAUUUAUCAGCGCAUAGACUCUGAAUUCCGCGACGUCCCGCAGAUCCUAGAGGCCAAUGAGCGGGCCUUUGCCCCAACCAAUGAACAGAUCGCGAUGCCUCAAGCGCGACAUUACUAUCAAGUGCCCGGAGGAACUCCUAGUCCAAGCAGCCCGUUUCUGGAAAGUGUGUUUUCGCAUGCAGGCGAGAGGGUUGGCGUCCGCGCCACAGACUCGCCUGUCUCUUUGACAGAUGUGCAUGGGCUGAACCCUCCGCGCGCAUCUUGGACAGCACCCCUGAGCCAUGCAGGCGGGGAGGGUCAAAAGAAAGAAAGAGAAUGGGACACGGAAUCUUCUAUAUCAUCAGUUUACACUGCACCGGAGGAAGAGGUUGCCGAGCUUGCUGCCUAGAUUUACAACGUAUAAUAUUACAUUGUAGCUAGAUCAUAUGUCACACAUACACACACACACACACAGAGAGAGAGAGAGAGAGAGCGCGCGAUCUGCCUUACGGCCACCUCUAUACGAGAAUUUCCUUU